CUCUCUCGCUGCUCUUCAUCCGAUUCAACUCGGACCACCAGAUUUCUUCCUUCCUUCCUUGCAGAAUCUUUCAUUGUUCUUGUUGGGAGGAAGGAGACGAGGCGCGCGAGGCGGCGAGAGGGAGGAGGCAUUCUAGCAUAUACAGAUACAGAGCCAGGGGAGGUAUGGAGGAGGGCCUUGCACGAGCACGACGAUGCCAAUAGAAGCUGUGGCGGUCGCUUCUUUACCGAUGGCGUCGCGCAGCGCCGCCCUGUGCUUCUCCUCCGCCGCCGCUGCCCGGAGCCGGAGCAGGAGCCGGCACGGCAGGAUGGCCGUCAGCUGCGACGCCGGGGCCUCAGAUCUGCUCUAUUCCUCUCUGGCUGCCAAGCUGCUUGGCCCUCCCACCAGCUUCGAUGCCGGCAAGCUGACGGUAGAGUUCGCCCACAGCCACGGGAACAGCAGCUCCGGGUUCCCCAGAGCUUACACCCUCACCCACUGCGACUUCACCGCUAACCUCACCCUCGCCGUCUCCGACACCAUCGCCGCCGACCGCCGCCUCAGGGCGGACGACGUCUUCGCCGAGUGGAAGCAGCAGCAACAGCAGGAGGGCAUGGCCCUGCACGUGCACUGCUUCGUCAGCGGCGCCAACCUCCUGCAUGGCCUCGCCGCCGGCUUCAGGUACUACGUCUUCUCCAAGGAGCUGCCGCUGGUUCUCAAGGCAGUUGUUCAUGGCGACGCAUUGCUGUUCGCGGAGCAGCCGGAGCUGCUGGAGGCGAAGGUGUGGGUGCACUUCCACUCCAGCUCCAACGCUAAGUACAACAGGCUCGAGUGCUGGGGUCCUCUCAGGGAGGCUGCAAACGCCGAGACGACGCACAAGAGGCAUGCGCUGGAGCAACUGCACAACGCAAUCACCAAAGGCACAAGAAGGCGUAGGAGGAAGUGGUCUAGCCCGGACGCCAUCUUCAGCGCCCUGCUCGCCCUUCUCCUUUGAUGCAUAUCGGGAACCCCACACAUUGUCUUUUUUUUGCUCUGCCUUGUGCGCAUCAAUUCCAAUUCUUUCAUCCACCGGACACUUGACAUGUAUGUAUAGUAUGUACCCACUCCACGAUCAACAAAAUGAGAAACGAUUGCCUUUCCAAGCAUUCCUCCUUAAAUUAACUCUGCUUCUGCUUGCUCACUCAAAUCAUGUUUGGAUAACAUAUGCCACAUCAUGUAUAAAUAGUUCCUCUACGUUCUUCAUUCA